GACCGGUCAAAGAUCGACCACGCCGAUUCUGGCUCCGCUCCUCUUCCCUCGGCUCCUCCUCCUCCGCCACCGUUCGCCGCCCCGUUCGCCGGCGGCGGCCGUCGACUCAAAAUUCCUUCUCAAAUCGGCGAGAGCUCCGUCUCCACCAUCACGCUGUCAGUUGCUUUCGCGCUAUACCUCUGUUUUCUGAUGUGUGAGCGAGAGCUCGUGAAAUUUCUGCCGUCGAUCGCUCACCGGACCUGAUCGAUCCAAUCCGGCGACCCCGAUCGACCUCUGUUCGUUAGGGCGCGGAGGUUUUCUGUUUCGUGCACGACUUUCUGAGAUCUCGUGGGUGAGUCCGGGUCUGCAGAAUUGGCCAGCAGUUAGUGAGCACAAUGGCCAAGAUCAGGGAUCGCACUGAGGACUUCAAAGAUGCAGUGCGACAGAGUGCUAUGUCUUUGGGAUAUACUGAGUCCAAGCUGGCGGCUACCAUGGCAUCUUUCAUAAUACACAAGCGGCGGGAAAGAUCAGCUUUCACCAAGGCAGCACUAAAAACGCUUGAAAGCAUCGAAGCUUUGGAACAAUUUAUGAGGAAGCAUCGGAAGGACUACGUGGACCCACUCCGCACCACAGAACAGGAGAGAGAUAGCAUUGAACAUGAAGUUACUGCUUUCAUCAAAACUUGCAAAGAACAGAUUGAUAUCCUGCAAGUUGGCAUAACAGAGGAGGAAAAAAAGUUGAAGGGAUGGCUGGGCCUUAGUGCCGAUAGCACUAAUGCUGAUACUAUAGCACACAAACAGGGAGUGGUAUUGAUCUUAAGUGAGAAGCUUCAUUCUGUCACUACACAGUUUGACCAGCUAAGAGCCAUACGCUUCCAGGAGGCUAUUAAUAGGGUGACACCUAGAAGAAAGCUUAAUCAGUCUGCCAGUUCAAUUCCUGUAGAUAACUCAAACAGUAAUGUAGAAUUCAAAGAGUCUAACGAAGUUCCAGGUGAGCAUCUGAGAGUCCAGCAACAACACUUGGAUGAUGAGACCCGUGCCCUUCAGCUUGAGUUGACGAGCCUUCUAGACGCAGUCCAACAAACGGAAACGAAGAUGGUGGAAAUGUCUGCAUUGAAUCACCUCAUUUCUACACAUGUGCUGCAGCAAGCUCAGCAGAUAGAGCAUCUAUAUGAGCAGGCAGUGAUAGCUACCGAAAAUGUGCAGCUUGGGAACAAAGAACUGGCCCAGGCUAUUCAGCGAAAUAGCAGCAGCAGAACCUUUCUUGUGCUUUUCCUUUUUGUACUCACUUUCUCAAUCCUCUUCCUCGACUGGUAUAGUUAAAAGACUAAAGAUCUUAUCACCAUAUAACCUUCUAUUCGUUUUAUUCGGAAAGGAAAAGCUUUCUCAGUC